AUUUAUAACUUAGUUGCGUGUCAAACAUUAGACGUAAUGGACAGGUUACGCUUAAUCGCUGAAGUUCGCCAAAGACCCAUAUUAUGGGAUUCCCAACGUUUAGACAGAUCACGACGAGAAAUAACAAAUCAAUGGCAAGAUGUUGCCAGUAGCAUGGGUGCUAAUGUUUCAGUAUCGGACUGCAGAAGUAUGUGGAACCAUUUGCGUAAUGCUUAUCGCGAGGGUAAAAAACGUUGUGGCCAGCGCAUAAGUAAGGAUAAAGUUAUGGGUUCAUAUGAUCCAGAAAAUAAAUACUACGCCAACACGUAUGAGUAUGCUAAACAAAUGAACUUUGUCGAAAAUAUAGGCAAAACGAAAAAAACUUAUGAAAUAAAAUUUCAGCAUGAUUCUGAAACAAAGGAAUUACACUUAUUCUCAAUAAGAUCUACAAGUCCAACACGUCAAGAAAGUGAAGCCAAAUCAUGUUCGAGUGAUAAUGAACAUACACAAUUUAUGUAUGACGAUACUGAUACUGUUCGUAUAAAACCAGAACUUUUUAAUGAAAUCGAAAUGGAAACAUAUAAUAUGGAUCACGAUGAAAAUACUUCUGAAAACUCGAACAUCUUAAAUAAACGUACAAAAGAUGAAGAUGAAUUUAUAUCAAUUCCUAUAAAAGAAAAUAAUAACUUUACUGCUGAACCCUCGACGAGGGACUUUAUAAACGAUCCUGAUUAUAAUUUUUUAAUAAGCUUUUCAUCACACAUGAAACUAAUGACGCCAUUGCAAAAUCUUCUGUUUCGUAACAAAAUGUCGGAUUUGAUAUUUAGUUUUCUAAAGUCUUCCAAUUUUGUUACUGAAACAGCUAAGUCUGUUAAUAAUAUACAACUGAAAGCUUUUGUUGAUGUCAGAGAUUCAGAUAGUAAUUUCUUGAUCAGCUAUUGGCUUUAUAUGAAAAUGUUAUCGACAUUAGAAAAUUUACAAUUACGAUCUAAAAUAUCUGCAUUAAUGUUAAAUAUUUCAUCAAUAAAUGAUAAUGUAACAAAGGUGAAGAAUUCUAAUGAAACUGAGUCCAAAAUGCAAAAAGACAAGUCAAAAUAUAGCGCUUUAGUUGAGCGAGAAAUGUCAAACACAAUGGACCGGCUAAAGUUAAUCGCUGAAAUUCGUAAUAGACCACAAUUGUGGAAUAUGCUGAGUAAAGAGAAUAGCUCUCGUAUAUCUAUACAAGAUUUGUGGAGAGAAGUCGCAACGAGUAUGGGACCAGAUGUUACCAUAGAGGAAUGCAAGCGUAUAUGGAAGAACUUACGUGAUGCUUAUCGAGCUGAAGUUAAACGUAUUGAACUACGUAUAGAAAGGGACUUACUAAAGGGUUCAUAUGAUCCCAAUAAUGAAUAUGGCAGUAAAUGGACUUAUUUUGAACCCAUGCAAUUUGUUAAACACUUUAAAAGACGCCGACGUAGUAGAACUUAUAAAGCUAUAGAUUCUCCCACACACCAAGCAGUUAAUGAAGUUAAUAUUGAUAAUGAUGAUUCCGAUCAAUUCUCGCAAUUUCAUAAUAUGGAUAAUAUUAAAAUGGAACCUGAUGUUGAAAUGGAUACAGAAGUCUUUUCACUAGAUGAUGACGAUGAUGAUGAUGACGAUGAAGGCGGCAAUUAUAAUCAAUUGUAUAGCGAACAUCUUUUGAAACAAGCGGCACAACAAAACUCAUCGCAAAAGCAACCAGAGGCAAAACCCUCAACUACACCCUUUAAAUGUUCCAAACGUUCUUACGAACAGGUUCAUUUUUUAGAAGAUCUUGAAAAAGAAGAACAAAAUCUAAUGAAAUCUACACGUUUGGAUAUAUCACAUUCAAAUGAUUUGGCUCAUGUUGGCGAUUCAGAUUAUAAUUUUUUGGUUAGUUUUUUGCCUCAAAUGAAAAAGAUGACCGAAUUACAAAACUUACAGUUUCGUGCUAAAAUGACUAAUUUAAUGCUUGAAAUUAUGUCCCCAACCAUGUCGGCAGCAACAGCAGCCCCUGUUUCUUCCUCCUCCUCCUCCUCCCAUUGUGCAAAUGUUAAUUCUAAUAAUUAUUUGUAGUUUUUAUUAAAAUUAUUAUUUUAAUUAAACUUAAAUAAUUCAAUUUUAAGUUAUACUUUACAAACAUACAUAUGUUUAAUUAAAUAUAUAUUUUUAUAGAAUUUCAA